AACACACUGCUCACACACUCACGAUCAACCACACAUCAUGGCCGAUAUACAGGCACUCCUCGCAGCACUGGACGUGUUCAGCAGAGCACCAGACAAGGCCUCGUUGGAAAAGGCCAACUCGUGGCUCCAAGACUUCCAGCACUCUCCUGAGGCAUGGGCCACUUGCAAUCUUCUUCUGCGCUCCCAGGAAGCGCCUCCUGCAGCUAAGCUCUUCGCAGCCCAGACGUUCAGGAGCAAGGUCACGUAUGAUCUCCAUCAGGUCGAAGGCCCGCAUUUGCUCGAUCUGCGGGAUACGCUGGUCGCGGCGCUGGAGCACUACCAGACGGGACCGAGGACCAUCAUCGUGCAGUUAUGUCUUGCGAUAUCAGGGCUUGCGCUUCAGCUGCCGCAAUGGGGGAACGCGGUCCAGGGCAUGAUCGAGCGAUUUGGACAGAAUCCGGCCACAGUGCCCAUCCUUCUCCAGUUUUUGACUGUGUUGCCGGAGGAAUUGAACACGAAUACGAAGAUACCGGUCACCGAUCAAGAAUACAGGGAGCGGGCGGCAGAGUUGUUGACCGCUAAUGCGGACAGCGUUCUCGGUUUAUUGUCGAUGUAUAUUCAAGCACCUGGCGUCACGCAUGCUGUCCAGAGCCAGAUCUUCAAUACCCUCAGGAGCUGGCUGGUCGCUGGCGAAAUCACUACCAUCGCACUCGCCAAAACUCCUCUCUUCAAGUUCUCCUUCGAGGCCUUAGCUUCUGAAGAGCUCUUCGACUCAGCGGUUGAUGUUGUCUGUGACCUCAUUCACGAGACUCAGGAGAUCGACGAUAAUAUGCCGGUCAUCGAGCAGAUCGUACCCUUGGUCAUCGCCCUACGUGCAGGUCUUCCAACAGCCAAGGACGAUCCCGAGAAGACAAGAGGUUAUGUUCGCAUCUUCACCGAGGCCGGAGAAACCUACCGUCUCUUGAUUCUGCAGCACACCGAAACGUUCUAUCCCAUCGUCGAGACCAUCAUCGAAUUCUCCGCCUAUCCCGACCUCGAUAUAGUGCCCAUCACGUUCCCCUUCUGGAUGCGAUUGGCCCAAAGCAUCGGAAAGCGCUCUACGGUUUCGCCGCUCUUUUACGACGCGUACAAAGCUUUGAUGACCAUCGUUAUCGGGCACCUCCACUUCCCGGCGGACGCACAUACAUUGUCUGCCCAGGAGAUGGACGCUUUCAGGGCGUUCAGACAUGUCAUGGGCGAUACGCUUAAGGACUGCUGCUACGUCCUCGGUACAGAGCCUUGCCUUAUGGCCACGCUAGAGUUGAUCACAAAGUCCUUGGCGAAAGGCCCGAACGCGACCUGGCAGGAAAUCGAAGCACCUCUCUUCUCUAUCAGGUCCAUGGGCGCCGAAGUAGACCCUCUAGACGAGAAAGCCGUACCGAAAAUCAUGGAUCUUAUACCUAAUCUCCCUCAGCACCCUCGCGUGCGGUACGCGGCUCUCCUCAUCAUCUCAAGGUAUAGCGAAUGGAUCAAUAUGCACCCGGAAUACAUCCCUACGUGUUUGAGCUAUGCGUCUGCUGGAUUCGAGGAUACCGAUGUCGAGGUGUGUGGCGCGGCUGGGCAGGCUUUGAAGUACCUUUGCCAAGAUUGCAAGCGGCACCUUGUCACUUUCCUCCCGCAGCUUCAUACGUUCCUCGUGGGUCCUGGCGCGAAGCUGACCCAAGAGGACAAAAUCAUGGUGUAUGAGGCCAUCGCGUAUGUCAUCUCAGCAAUGCCCAUGGAACAGGCCGCACAGUCUCUCCGGACAUUUGCCAUGGACAUACUGGAAGCCGUCCAUACCGUCACUAGCAAACCCACUCCUGCUACCAAGCAAGAUCUGCUGGCACUCGGCGAUGCCAUGGCAAACCUCGAGGUUAUGCUGCACGUCAUUGGGUCGUUCGGCGAUGAGUUGCCCGCAGCUUGUCUGAACACUUGUCGGGAGGCAUGGACGAUCUUCGACGCUUUCAUCGCAAGAUAUGGAUCAGACUACGAAAGCACAGAACAUGUCACCCGCGUCCUUCGCCACGGUCUCACCUUAUUUGGCCCCUCCGCUCUUAGUGUGGCACCGGCAGUACUAGCAAGAAUGGCCACCGCUUUCGAAGCUACUGGGCUUCCCAGCUACCUUUGGAUAGGUGGCAAGCUUCUCGGGCGGUUCGGAAAUGAAGAAGAUCCACUUCUUCGCGAUUGUUUCCGGCAGCUCUUUGAACGAUCGACGAACAAGGUCGUCGCCUUGCUACAAGAGAAGUCGCCAGAGGCCAUACCAGAUGUGCUAGAGGACUAUCUGCAGUUACUGCUGCAGAUGACCGACUAUGCCCCUGAUGUCCUGUUCGAAUCGUCCGCUUUCCCUGUAGCCUUCAAAGUCACUCUGGCCGCCCUCUCUCUAAUCCAUUCCGAUGUCAUCUUCGCCGCUCUCAACUUCCUUCGAAUAGUGAUGACGCACGACUGCCUCAUUCCCCACGCUCUUUCUGCCACUCCUCCGAAAUUUCCCAUAUAUGCCGCUGCCAUCCGCCAGGUCGUCGACAAGGAAGGCUUCGACCUCGUUGGAUUACUCCUGACUGGUCUUGUAGGGGAUUUCCCGGAAGAGACAUCUUCUUCGACGAUCAGCAUAUUCCGAACGUUGGCGACCUUGUGGUCUGCGGAACUGCUCGCUUGGUGUCCCGCCGUUCUGCAGCGAUUGCCCUCGAGCAGCGCUCCUGACCAGGCAAAGACACAGUUCAUGAAGGAUUUGUCAGACGCCAUCACCGCAGGCGAGUACGACAAAGUGAAGUAUGCGGUCAUAGGUCUUCAUCGCGCUUCGCGGAAAACGCGUGAGAGGCGGAGAGUGAGCGCCUUGGACCGCUGAGAAGGGUGGACGGGAUUACGGAAUCGAAGACAGUAGCUUGUGUUUAACAUCUAUACGCACGAAGGAGCCCCGUGUACCGUUAUGCAUCUAUGUACACUGUAUGUAGCAGCGCUUUGUUGUAGAAGAACGAAAAGGACGGAAGACCGCC